AUGACCAACGACAACGUACAGAUUGAGGCAGCCGAUAUAAUUACAUCCCUUCAAAAGCUAAAGAAUAGGAAGAGCCCAGGGCAAGAUGAUAUCCCCAACGAAUUACUUAAAUAUGGCGGCCAAAGUCUCAUACAGCAGCAAAAAAUUCUUUACCAACACAGGAUACCCGAUGAAUGGCGAACCAGCACCACUAUCUUGAUGUUUAAAAGAGGAGAUAAGAAGCUGCCCUCAAACUAUAGAGGCAUAAAUCUUCUAAGCACUACACUAAAACUUACGACAAAAGUGAUAACAACCAAAAUAAACGACUUAACAUGCUUAGCAGAUGAACAGCAAGGUUUCAGAUCGGGCAGAUCAUGCACAGACGCGGUUUUUGUCAUAAGACAGAUAACAGAAAAAUCAAUCGAAUAUAACAAACCAGCUUAUCUUGCCGAUGUACUUAACCUACUGCUUGUACCUGACAUUAUCAAAAAGAAGUUAAAUGAAGAACAAUUUGAAGAGAUGCAUGGAAAAGAAGAUGAAUACGAGGAGGAAGAGCAAGAAGAAAAAAUGCAAAAAGAAGAAUAG